UUCCAGAUUGGUACGAAGGUGCAACUAAAAAGCGGAACACUGAAAAAUAUUGAACAACUAACGACUCGAGAUUUCGUAGAUGAUUCAAAUUUUAAGGAUCUAGAUUUAAAUUUACGGAAGAUGUUCGUUAUGCAUAUGAAAGAGAACCACGAGAUGAAUUCAGUUAUGCUGGGAUUUGCCAUCGUUGAAGAAAAUGUUCAGAUGACAGUGGAGGCGAGAGUGGAGCAUCCCUUCUUCCUGCUGAACAGAGGCUGGGCUAGUUACUCGCCGGACGAGACAUGGAACAAGUUCGGCAUGACAUGCGAAAGGUUACAGGUAGGCAACUGCUGUCUCGGUCUU